AUGACCCGCCAAUUCUCCAGCUCACCGAUUAUCCGCGCAACCUACAACCAAGUGCGCCGCGGCUGCCGCAAAGGCCAGCGUGCGCGUCGAGGCCGGUCUCCGGCUUUGAAGGACCAUCCGUCGUUGAAGGGCGUAUGUCUCAAGACCGGUAUCACCAAGCCCAAGAAGCCCAACUCUGGCGAGCGCAAGAUUGCUCGUGUGCGUUUGAGUUCGGGCAAGGUCGUCACUACGAUUAUCCCCGGCGAGGGCCACAACAUUCAGCAGCAUAGUGUGGUUCAGGUGCGUGGUGGCAGAGCCCAAGAUUGUCCCGGAGUGAAGUACCACCUGGUUCGUGGUGCGAUGGAUUUGGGUGGUGUCGGAAGCCGUGUAUCUUCUCGGUCAAAGUACGGAACCAAGAAGCCCAAGGGCAACUAA